UGCCGUUUAUGUGUAUUUUACACUAUGUUUUUAUGUUUGUAAUUUGACAUAACAAAAAAUAUUUUUUACAACGAUUAUAUAUUUUCUUAUGGUGUCUUUUUACGUCGGAAAUAAGAGAAAAGUUACGGAACGUAAAAUUACGGGGCAUUGAUGGUAAAAUAGAGGGGGGGGGUGAAGAAUAACUAUUCCUCACUCAGGGUGACGAAUAGCGCGACCCUAUAUAUAUAGAUAGAUAGAGAGAGAGAGAGCCUGAAGACAACACUAUUCUAAUCCCAGGAUUAGAAUAGUUAUUUGGAUCACAGCAACCCCUAUAUAGAGCCCGAAGACAGGUUCCCGAACUUCGCUGGACUGCCGGCCCAGCCCGACAGAAUCCCACCUGGACCCCGAUCCCGACAGAAUCCCACCUGGACCCCGAUCUCGAUCGAGCCGUCCCUCCCCAACCCCCCUCCUCGCCGCUCCUCCCCUCGAUCUCCGCCGUGAUUCGCCGCCGAAAAUCCGCCGGAUCCAGCGCCUCCCUUCCUUCUCCAGAUUCUGGCCGACUGGAUCGAGCUCCGCCCCCUCCGACUCCACCUCCUGCCCGACCAUCGGCGCGGGCGAGCGAGCGACGGCGGAUGCCGGCGCGAGGGAGCUCGCGUCGCCUGGAGCCGGCGGAGCCGGCGAAGCCGCCGGAUUUCUGUGACGAACGGCUGCCAUGGACUUCCGGAAGCCUCAUCCUCGGUCCAUCGUCACCGCCAGACGGCUUGGCAGUGCUCGUGACGGCCAAGGCACAACCUACGGCGAACAGCGCACGCAAGGAAGCAUCUUGGCGGUGGAGGCCGCAUCGGCGACGCCUUCAAAUAUAAGAACGAUGAACUUCGCGCCCCCUGCAAGACAUGGAUUGCCAUGCGGUUCCUCUCCUACCUCCACGACGAAUUUUUCUCAAGGUGGCCUAUCAAUUGCUGGAAAAAGGUUGGCCAAACUUCUAGCCAGGCAAGACGAGAGACGCAUGAAGAAGCUUAGAAGUUCCCAGCAGCAAGUACACAAUCCAAAGCCUGUACGCGUUGCACCACCCCCUCAAUGGGUCACACCUCAAAUGCACCAACAACAUUACCAACCUGCUCCAGACCAAAAAUGGAUGACACCCGAAACACACGGAUACUUCCAAGAUGAUGGGUCACAGCCCUAUCUGCACAGGUUUGCGCCUCCACCUAAUUGGGUGACGCCGGAAAUCCCUCGCGGAUUCUUUGUAUCCACCAGCAGACUCCCAAGCACGCCGAUGGAGGAGGGGGUUAGCUCAAGUCCUGCGUGUAACUCUGGAGGUUAUCCUGGUAUGCCUCAUCAAUGCCAAAGCGAAGCAACUAAACCGGAUCCCAGGACAAAUCCAACAGCAACACACACACGGAGGAGAGUGAUCUGCACACUACCACCGUUUGAUCCUGCUGCUGCUGCUACAAGUCAGAAUUCUACGGGGCAUAAUGUAGAUGGAUUGCUUCACAAAAAAAAGAGCAAACCAAGACCAGGACCGCAAUACCUCCACAACCACCUCAAGCAAAAAGGACGCAAACAAGAGAGAGGCCAUCUUCAGCCCUCCUUCCUCCUCGUGAUCCACUGCUGCAUCCUGCUAUGAUUACUCCGCCAUGCCCCAUCCCAGAGGGACAGCAGCCGACACCGGCGGAGUUGCGAUCAUACACGCACACGCCAGAUCUACCGGAUUAUCUAAUACCAAGACUAAAGAUGUGAUUCAAAGAUGUAGAGAAAGCAAGGGAAUUUUAUAACAGAUACGCCAGACACGCUGGUUUUGGAAUCAGGAAGACGGGUGGAAAUGACAACCACAAGUAUUUUGUUUGUGCCUUCCAAGGGAUACACACAUCUUCUGUUUCAGAGGCCAGCAUGAAGCGAAACAAAACAUCGCAGAGGAUGGGCUGCAAUGCAAGAAUGAGGGUGAAGGUGCAGGAGGAUGGCACAUGCGUGGCAGUGGACAUUGAGUACAAUCAUAAUCACGAGCUCAUGCAAACUGAUGACAUGCUGGUAUUUUUGCACUCACACAAGAAUUGUGACCCCACUAUUUUGGAGUACGUAAAGCUCCUGCAGUACCAUGAUGUCAAGCACACAACAAUCAUGUCCAUGCUAUCUGAAAAUGAAGAUGGAAGCUACUUCCUAAGCAUGACCGGACGAGACCUGCUAAACCAGAAAGCCAUGAAUGCAAGGAAAGAUGAUUUGGAUGAUGUAUUGAAACUUGUUUCAUUCUUCAAAGACAUGAAGGCAAUAAAUGAUGAGCUUUUUUAUGACAUCCAAGUGGACAAUGAUAAGUCAAUUAAAAACAUUUUCUGGUCCAAUGCAAGCUGCCGAGGAGCCUAUCAAGACUUCAGCGAUUGCGUAACAUUCGACAUGACUUACAAGACCAACAGAUUUCAUAUGCCCCUGGGAGUGUUUGUUGGAACAAACCAUCACUUGCAGUCAACGAUAUUUGCUGUUGCCCUGAUAAGAGACGAAGAUGCAAAGUCAUUCAAGUGGCUGUUCGAUACAUUUCUACGGUGCAUGAACAACAAGCACCCAACUUGCAUUCUAACAAACCAAUGCCCAUCGAUGGCGAAAGCUAUACCACAAUCAUUUCCAAACACCGUCCACAAGCUAUGCCGUUGGCACAUCAUGAAGAAGUACAGGGAAUACCUCGCGUUGCUGUACAAAAAGUAUAAAACAUUCAAAGAGGAGUUCACAGCUAUAUUAAACUGGCCGCUGAUGCCAACGGAGUUUGAAGAUGCCUGGGCUAAACUCGUGCACAACUACAACCUGGAGAACGACCAGAUGAUGAUGCAGCUCUGGAGUGAUAGGAAGAUGUGGAUUUCAGCAUAUUACAAGAACAUUUUCUGUGCUAGAAUGACUUCCACACAACGAAGCGAGAGCAUGAACCACGUGCUAAAGAAAGGGUUUGUCAAGGGGACCCAGAACCUACACAAGUUUGCUAGGCGGGUCAAUGCUUGCAUACAAACUCGGAUGCAGAAGGAGAACGAGCAAACAAUGACCAGCAUGACCAAUCCUGUGACAAAAACAACUUACGGCUACGAGGAAGACAUGUCUAUCAAGUACACAAGAACCGUGUACACUAAGAUGAGGAAUAGGAUGAGAAAGGCCACGCUAUUUCGUGCAAAGCGUACAACAGUGCCCACUAAGUACCUUGUGUACUACCACAACAAGCCUGGCCAUGAUGAUGAAGAAAGAUUUUCCUGGUCAAAGCAUGAAUUCCAGGUUAAGCUGACCUAGAGAA